UUCGCGCCUUUCUCGAGGUAGCCGCGCCUCUUAACGACAACAUACCAGCUAUGGCGGCCUUAACAACGGCAGAUGUUCGUGAAGUUGCAGAACUCCGGAAGGAGGAAGGCCGACAUCAUUUGAGAAAGUUGCUGAAAUGGGAAGCAUUUGAUGAAGAGAGAAAUUUAAAGCAAGGCAUCAUACUUGACAUACUAUAUGAGAGCCUUAUUUUCGCACAUGGCAAGGGAUUCCCAUGGCCUGCUGUAGCCCAGGUUGUGAAGUUUUCAGAACAAAUGCUACAAGAAAUGAAAGGGAAAUCCGUUUCUGAAGCUAUCAAAAUACUGAAUAACAUGUUUCACCAGUAUGAUGACAGCUUCAUGCCUGGUCAGCAAGUUAUCCUCUAUGAUUACUUCCUCAGCACUUUCAUUAGACAUUACCAACUCUACCAGUUUGUCCUGAGUCAGGAGAGAAAUCUGGAUCAGGCAAUAUACCAUCUAGAGAUUUUUGUACCUCCCCAACCUCUUCCUCUGAAAGAUGGCAUAGACAUUGAGGUAUGGAGAUAUCAAAAACAGCUGGCUGAACUCACUGCAGCUGAGAAUCAGAAACAGAAUGACUUGCUACUGCUCAGAGAUUCAGCCCACCUGGAGAUUGAGCAAGCACUGCAAACAUUGUACCACAGUCUUGUGAUUGAAGAGCAGCACAUUCUGGACAAGCAGGUAUAA